CUAAGCUAAGGCAUGGCCCAUUAGCAUAUUUACGCCUGGCCCCCACAAGAGCAAUGUGCCAUGUAGGCAGGGCUCCUUUUGGGAGAAGCAGCUCCUUCCACCUUCCCACCAUCUAGUCGGCUUCUGCAUCUGCCUCUGUGGGCAGCCCUAGGAGGACGUAGACACUAGAAAGCAUGUCCUUCGUGCACAGGAGUUUUUGCUUCAGACAGAAGCUUGGGGUCAUUGGCAAGCAUGGUACUAUUUUCCAAAGCAUUAUUAGCAUCAUCAUAAUUCUGGCAGGAGCAAUCGCACUCAUCAUCGGCUUUGGCAUUUCAGGGAGACACUCCAUCACCGUCACUACUCUGACCUCAGCCGGGAACAUUGGUGAGGAUGGGAUCCUGAGCUGCACUUUUGAACCUGACAUCAAGCUCAGUGACAUCGUGAUACAGUGGCUAAAGGAAGGCGUCAUGGGCAUGGUCCAUGAGUUCAAAGAGGGCAAGGAUGAUCUGUCCCAUCAAGAUGACAGGUUUAAGGGCCGCACAGCAGUGUUUGCAGAUCAAGUGAUAGUUGGCAAUGCUUCUCUAAAGCUUAAAAAUGUUCAGUUAACAGAUGCUGGCACCUACAAAUGCUACAUCAUCACCUCGAAGGGCAAGGGAAAUGCCAAACUGGAAUACAAAACUGGAGCCUUCAGCAUCCCAGAUGUGAAUGUGGACUACAAUGCCAGUUCUGAGAGUCUGCGCUGUGAGGCUCCCCGAUGGUUCCCACAACCCACUGUGGCCUGGGCCUCUCAGGUUGACCAGGGAGCCAACUUUUCUGAAGUUUCCAACACCAGCUUUGAGCUGAAUGCUGAGAAUGUGACCAUGAAGGUGGUGUCUGUGCUCUACAAUGUCACUGUCAACAACACAUACUCCUGCAUGAUUGAGAACGACAUCGCCAAAGCCACGGGGGACAUCAAAGUGACAGACUCUGAGAUCAAAAAAAGGGGCCACCUACAGCUGCUGAACUCUGAAGCUACCCUGCUAGGCUCAUCUCUCUGUGCCCUUGCUUGGGUACUUCUGCCCCUCACCCCUCACCUGAUGCUCUUUUAGGUUCUCCGGGACAUACAGAAACAUACAGAAUCACUGACAGAAUAGAACCACAAUGUCUCCAAAGGAAGGGACCCCAGGGGCCAUCAGAUCCAAAUCCUACCUGAUAAGUGAACCUUCUAUAGCCUACUGGACAAGCGGCCAUUCAGCCUCUGCUCAGAAACUCCCAGAGAGGGGGAAUGCAGGGCUUGCUUACUAAGGCAUUCCAUUGCCUCUCACACAGCUCUAAUUGUUGGGAAGCCUUUUCUGGCAUCAAGGCUACUACAUUUGCUCCUUUGCAACUUCUAUCCAUUACUCCUGGUACUGCUCUCUUGGACCAAACAGAACAGAUUUGAUUCCUCUUCCACGUGACAACCCUUCAAAUAUCUGAAGACAGCUAGUGUGUGCCCAUAAGGCUGCUCUUCUCCAGUCUUCUCCAGUCCCAUCAGUCUUCACAUGCCACGAACUUGGGCUUGUUCACCAUCCCAGUUGCCUUUCUCUGGAUGCUCUCUCCAGUUUAUCUUUUCUAAAAUAUAAUGCUCAGAAGUAAACACAAAACUACAUAUGUAGUGGGAAUACAUCAACCUAUCCCACCUCCUUUAUUCCUGAAAGCAGGCCCUUUUCAAGGGAGCUCAAAUCACGUCAUUGUGAUCUGGCUUUUUUAGCUGCCAGAUCACACCAUUGACUCAAACUGAACUUGCAGCCCACUAAAACCUCAAUAUCUUCAUCAAACUGCUAUUUAACCAUGGCUCCUUUCCCCCUAUCUGGUAUUUAUUAAGUAGAUUUGUUGAUUCCAAGUGUAAGACAUUACAUUUAUUCCCAUUAAAUUUCGUCCUACUGGACUUGGCUCAGUGUUCCAGCCUGUCAAAAUCUUUCUGAAUCCUAUUCAGUCAUCUAGUCAUUCUUCCCAGCUUCGCAUCAUUUGAAAAUUUGACAUAUAAUAUAUGUAUCUUUAUCCAAAUCAUUAAUUAAAAUGUUAAAAAUCAUAGGGCCAAGCACAAAUCCUUGGGGCACUCCACUGGAGACCUCCUUCUGAGUUGCAACAGAACUAUUAAUAAUUACUCUGGAUCCAGCCAGUUCACUAAGUCUAAGUCCAUCUAAUUGUACUAUCAUCCAGUCCACAUUUCUCUAUCUUUCCCAUGAAAAUGUCAUGAAAGACUCUGUCAAACGCUUUGCUGAAGUAGGCACACCACAUCUGCCACCCACCUUCUCUUGGUUCCCCAAUUUAGUAAUUGUAUAAAAGGAGGAAAUGAGGUUAGUCUGGCACGAGCACAUCUGUAAAUAAGGCAGCUGGACUCUAGGGCCUCUGAGGUCCCUUCCAGGCCUAAGUCUGUGACCCCACGACCUGCUCUUGAGGAAGCCACACUGUCUCUUUGUGAACAUUCCUUCCUCUUCCAGAUGUUCAACAACCGUUCCCUUAACAAUAUGCUCUAGAACUUUGCCAGGAAUAGAACUCAACCUCGCUGGCCUGUAGUUUCUAUAGACUUCAUCUUCUUCAUUUUUUGGGAAUGGGGGAUUUUUCCUUCUCCAGUGCUGCAGUACAUCUCACUCCCCUUCUCCAAGACUUUUCAAAGGUCACUGCCAGUAGCUCAGCAAUCACAUCUGCCAGUGUUUCAGUGCCCUAGAAUGUAGUUCCUCUGGGCCAGGCACCUCAAGGUCAUCAAAGGCCACAAUAGUUCUCUUACUACCUACUGAUAGAGUAAACAAAACAGAAACAGAAUAGAAAAUGAGUAGACCUGCUCAAUUAGUUUUUGUUUCUCCUUGCUAAGUGCACAAUACAACUCUAUGCACAUAAAUAUUUGUUGAACAAAUAAAUGGAUGAAUGACA